CAAUGAAUGGCAAACAUAUGACACAAACGUGUUUACCAUUGAAGACAACACAUUAGCCAUCGAUUGACUGAUCCCUCGGAAAACGAUGCCUAAGAAGCGCUGCUAUUACGAAGUGAUGGGUCUGUCGAUGGAGGCCACGGAGGAUGACAUCAAGAAGACGUACAGACAGUUAGCCCUUAGCCUACAUCCGGACAAAAACCCCGACAACCAGGAGAUGGCUAACAAUGAGUUCAAACUUCUUCAGGAGGCCUACGAAGUGCUGUCGGAUCCAAGAGAGCGGAAAUGGUAUGACAAACACAGGGAUAGCAUACUUCGCGGUCAAGACCGGGACGAGAUCGUGGACCAGGAGGUCGACGUCUACCCGUACUUCAGCUCAUUCUGCUUCACGUCGUACACCGAUGAAGAGGAAGGCUUUUACACCGUUUACCGCAAUCUAUUCAACGCCAUCGCCGACGAAGACGUGCCCUUUCGGGACGAAGGCGUCGCUGACGAUGAACUUCCGCCACCAUUUGGCGACUCGAAGAGUCCCUAUAGCGAUGUCCACCGGUUCUACUCGUAUUGGAUGAGCUACUGUACGCCGAAGGCGUACUACUACUUAGACAAAUACCAGGCCUCGGAUGCGCCCAACCGUCGCGUCGCCCGUCUUAUCGACAAAGAGAACAAAAAGAUCAGAGAUUCGGCCAAAAAGAAGCGCAACGAAGAGAUUAGGAAUUUAGUAGAGUUUGUGCGCAAACGAGACAAAAGAGUGGCGCAAAACCGCCGCAAACUCGAGGCGAAAGCGGAGGAAAACAAACGAAAGACAGAGUUAUUACGGAAACAGCAAAUCGAGGCCCGGAAUAAAGAGCUGGAGAACUACUGCGAGUCCGAGUGGACAUCGAUGGCCACUCUCGAGGACGAUCUUAAGGAGAUUGAGCACCACUUGGAUAAGGAGGACAACAAUAAGAGGUCCAAAAGGGCCGAUAAUAACAGUGGCAGCGAUAGCGAUGUGGAGGACAAUCUGUAUUGCAUUGCGUGCGAUAAGGCCUUCAAAUCGGACAAAGCCUUCGCUAACCACGAGAACAGCAAAAAACACAAAACUAAUGUCGCGUUUCUGAAGCAACAGCUGGAAAGUGAUGAUCAGUUAAUCGGUGAUAAUGUCUCUUGACUUUAGACAUUGUUUUUUAUAUAAUUUAUUAAAAAGUUUAUGUAAUUUAUUUCGAUUUCAUGAGAAUAAGUAAC